UGCGCACGCAUGUGUAUCGGGAAAAAGAAAAGUAUUACGAGAGAUAUGGAAAAAUUGAUUACGAAGAUUUAUCCAUUGGACAAGUAACAUCUCUUAUGUCAGUCUCCAGAAGAUACAGCUACAGUUAAAUAUAGACUUCUCAACCAAUUCCAUUAAAUGUUCUGAAAAAUAUCAAAUAUCGCAACAAUGGGCUGUUCUGCAAGUACAAUUAUGAAAAAAACGCCUCCUGUAGCAGCGCAAGACCAAACUCUAAAACAUGGAGAACGUAGGAAAAGUGACAACUCAAUGGCAUCGAAAUCAAUCGUUCAUUCUGAAGAAACUAUUCAAGAAAGACCUCCACAGGAACAUACUGAAAACCACAUUGAUGCAGUUGUAACUUUUGUAACAGAUCAAAAUAUACAAAACGAUAACAAUGAAAACAUCCAGAAAGACAACACUGAUUCGAAAAAUUCUUGCAAUGACAGAAAAGAACAGGAUAUUAAAAGUCCGGAAAAUAGUUACAAAAACAAUAAAUCGGAAGUUCAGUCAGAGUCAGUUGACAUGACAAAUGAAAUAACAUUUGCCGAAAUAGACCAAGCAAAUUCAUCGUUUGAAUCUAAUUCUGGUGUAAAUCUAAAAGAGAAUGGAAACCUGCAAUCUGGUGAGAGAAAUAUCGGCGCUAAAAUACAUUUCUACAAGAAAAUUCAACAGCUCAAAGGUUCAAAUAAUGUAAUGCAUGUGAGUAAUACUUCUCUAAAGACGGAGAUUAGUAGAGAGGAGAAAGCAAUCCAUGAUUUACUAAUGGGCAAUAUGCAAGUUGAAUGUCUAAGUGAAGCUAAAAUCGUACGAAUAUUUACCAGUAGUACAUUCACAGAUACCCAACACGAACGAAAUUAUUUAAUGGAGAACGCUUACUGUAAACUGAAGGCUUUCUGUCAGCAAAAUGGCUACCAGUUUCAAGUUGUGGACAUGCGUUGGGGUAUUGGACAAGAUGCUACCAAUGACCACCUAACAACCGAGUUGUGUAUGAAAGAGUUGAAACUAUGUCAGAAACUUUCGACGGGACCAAAUUUUGUGACAUUCCUCUCCCACAAAUAUGGUUAUCGACCUUGCCCCAGAAUCAUCAACAAAGCUAUCUUUGAAAGGUUUUCAUCAGACAUUAACUCUGCCGAAGACAAAGAACUCAUACAUCGUUGGUACAAAGAAGACCUUAAUUCGUUGGCUCCCUCCUACAUUCUUCAACCAAUUGGAUACGUUCUUCCAUCGUUUCUCAGCCACAAAGAAGAAGAAAGGCAAGAGGCCACACAACAGUGGAACAAAGAGAGCAGCCAACUAAGAAAAAUUAUCUGUGCAGCAGCUAAACGUCUCCUUGAAGAAGAUGAAGCCAGGCGUUUUCUAAUGUCAGUCACUGAAGCAGAAAUUAUGCAAGGAAUUCUUGGAACAGACCAACCUGACCAACAUUGCAUUUGGUUUAAAAGGAACAUAAUCGAUAUCGAGCACCAAAGUAAUGAUGAAUAUCUAAGUAGUUUUAAAGAACAACCUAAUAUUUCUGAGGAAUUCGAAGAAUCCCAAAACUUACUCUACAGUCUCAAAAAUGAUAAGAUACCAUCCAUUUUGAAGGAAAACAUCAUGACGUACGACGUAGAAUGGAGACCAAAAGCUUUUGCAAGCAGUCAAAAAAAUCCCCCUUGGCUUAAUUUCACAGCGAGACUAAAUAUGUACGACUAUAAUUCCACUUAUUUAUUUGUUUACAUCCCAUGUUAUCUUGGUACUGCAAGUAAGUAUCUAUUUCUAGGCUUGGAUCCUGAAUCUUAUUGCGAGCAUAAAACAUAUCUGCAAAAAUUGUCUGAAGAUUUUGAAAAAAAGAUCAAAGAUCUUAUUGAGAAAGCGAUCUAUAAAGCAAACAGAUCAAUACUAAACGACACCUUAUGUGAAGAAGUUCGGCAUCACACGAUGUUUUGCCAGAGAAAAUGCAAGUCAUUUUUCGGAAGGAAUGAUGUUUUGAUGGAUAUAAAAAAAUACAUAUUAGAUGAUCGGGGCCAGCCAUUAGUUAUCUACGGUUCAUCAGGAUGUGGUAAAACAUCAGUUCUAGCCAUGGCGGCUAUGAAAAUACAUGAGUGGACCGAAGGCAAGGCUUCAGUUAUUAUCAGAUUCCUUGGCACCACUCUAGCCAGCUCAGAUGCUAGCAGCCUUAUGAACAGCAUAAUUCAACAGGCUCAAUACAUAUAUUCAUAUUCACAACCACUGACAUCGGAUAAAAAGAAAAUUGAAAUUCAGUUCCACGAAGCUCUACAGAGAAGUUCUUCCGAAUGUCCACUAGUUUUGGUUCUAGAUUCCUUGGAUCAACUCAAUGAUAUGGGAGGUGGGAGACAACUAAAAUGGUUGUUCCGGGAUAAGUUUUAUCCUCAUACAAAGAUAGUGUUGUCCACCUUGCCAGAAGAGGAGUACAUUUGUUUUCCAAAGUCAAGUUUAAUUCCUCAUCGUUUCAUUUACCCUAAAUUUGAAUAUUUCUUUGGUUUGUUUUCCCAGGCGUGGUUAAAAGAUGGAAGUCAGUUGAUACAAGUUACCUCAUUGUCUAUUACCGACGUAAGAUCCAUCUUGGACUACUGGUUGCACAACAAUGGUCGAACUCUUACGAUGAGUCAGAGAAAAAUCCUGCUCAACGCCUAUGAAAACUGUCCCCUUCCACUCUACUUAAAAUUGUCCAUAGGCAAUGCUUGUGAGUGGCACUCCUAUUCGGACCCAUCAACUACAGUAUUGCAAACAUCUGUAGAAUGCAGUAUCAACACGCUCUUCCAAUGUACAGAGAACAAACACGGCAAAUUACUCGUCUCAAGAGCUCUUGGUUACUUGACAUUGGUUCAGAAUGGUUUGUCAGAAUCGGAACUCGAAGAUAUCUUGUCAUGUGACGAUGAAGUAUUGAACGAUGUUUAUAUUUACUGGACGCCCCCGAUACGAAGAUUACCUCCCCUCCUUUGGGUUAGAAUAAAAAAUGAUCUAGAAGAAUACUUGGUUAACCGAGGGUCUGAUGGAAUUCAGGUAUUAUACUGGUACCACCGACAGUUUAUAGAAGUGGCUAACGAUCGCUAUUGUUUCGACCCAAAAGUCAAAGAAAAACUGUUUCAAGGCCUCAUCGACUUUUUCAGUGGGACUUGGGCUGAUGGAAGAGCGAAACCGUAUGUUGGAAGAAAUGGACAGAGCGGAAGAUCGGAUCGGUUAGUUACAUCACAGCCGGUUCAAUUUAACAACCGGCCAAAUCUGAGAAAGUUGAACAUUCUUCCUUAUCUCCUUACCCAAGGCGAAUCAUUGCAGCAGCUUAAAGACGAUGUUUUACUAAACUUCAACUUUUUAUUCACUAAAUUAAAAGCUACGUGUGUUAUGGAAAUUGUAAACGACUUCUCGUUAGCAUUAGAAAAAUUUCCUGAAGAAGAGGAUCUCGCAACUGCUAAUAAGGCAAUCUUGCUGUCCCAGAAUGCUUUAGACUAUGACCCGAACCAGCUAGUAACACAGCUACUUGGACGAUUAUCAAAAACGCCGGUGGCGCAAAAUCUAUUAUCGCAAUGUAAAGAGUCAGGUGUAGCCUACCUUGAAGCUGAUCAAAAUGCAUUUGCCUUACCUGGAGGUCAACUAAUUCAUUGUAUUCCCGCACACAAGAAGAAAAUUAUUUCAUUUGAUAUGAGUUCUGAUAAGAAGAUGGUCGUAACCUUGUGUUCGGAAGGAAUCGUGAAGUUCUGGGACAUCGCCAAAGGAAUUCAGUCUGGUCGUUUUGAAUGCGAUACAGAUAAACCGGAAAAAGUGCAGUUCUGUUGUCAGGACAAAUUUGUCGUUGUCAAUCCCGAGAGAAGUAUUAUUUUCAUCAGUGUUCAGACAACAUCGUUUUCACAUAACAUCGAAAAUAAAUCUCUCGGGAAAGAUGGAAUAUUUGUACCAGAACCCUUUUUUGAAGUGUGUGGACCGGAUAAAACUUUAAUUGUUUUUCACUGCAUACUAUAUCUUUUUGUCUGGGAUAUUCCUUCCAGAAAACUAAAACACAAGAUAUAUUUAGAAAAUGAGGAGAUUGCUGAGGAAAUAAACUCAACCACUCAAGCGGCAGGUUCAGAAGAAUAUUUUGCUCUUUUAGUCAUGGAAAUCAUUUUGGUCGUACAUCUGGAAACUGGUGCCACUAAAAGUAUUGACGUAGAAUCAAUAGUUGAAGAAUGUGACAUUGAUGGAAUCGGUCUGUGUCCGCUGAAUUCAAUACUUUAUUUUGGAUGUCCAGAAAAUGGCACUUUAUACACCUCCAAUUUGAAGGAUUGGAAAGAAGAUAAUGUCAAGCAACUUAAAGGUAAUAAAGCGAAUGCUUUCGAGAAAUUUCACAUAUCAUCAGAUGGCCAAGCUAUUUAUUUCUCCAGGAAAACGACACUUCGGUGCUGGGAUCUAACUACAGAUGAGCUUUCAGUAAUCAUCCCUCAGAAUGGAUCCGACUUGAUUGAUUUUGGUAUAGUCAACAAAACUGCUGUAAGUGUGUCAGACGACAGAAACCUUCGAAUAUGGGAUUUGACUUUAACACAAAGCGAUGAUAAUCUGCAAGACAACAACUAUGAUCACAUCUGUAGUGGAUCUGUACGAAAAAUACAGUCUUUGAAAAACGGACGCUAUGUAACAUUUGAAAUAGGUUUUGGUCCUCUGUACUGGUAUAUUUACGAUGUCUGGAACAGCAAAGUUAUCAUAGAGUUGAAGCUGGAAAAGGCAACUUGUGCGACCCUGAUUAACGAUUAUAGUCUUGCCGUAGUAAAUUCGCAAAAUUAUUUAAAGAUUGUCGACUUGCAGUCUUGUCAGAUUUUAGUAGAAUUUACUGAGCCUGUUUCACCUAGAGUGAACUUUGUGCCAAUUAAAGAAGGUAAAGAGAUUCUGCUGGUUUCUGAAAUUGACAAAAUGCUGAAGGUAUUCAACACACAAAACGGACACUGUAGUCACGUGAUACAAGGGAUUGACCAUACAAUAUCAACUCUAUGGGCUAACAACUACAACAGCAACAACAACGAUAGCGAUAAGGGCCACAACGUAGGUCUGGUCUUUAUUGACCAAGAUUACAUAAACAACGUUGUCUACAUCAUUGAUCUACAGAAUUACACGAUCUUACAAAUACUGAAGUCAUCUGAUGUUGAAGGCAGUCGUGCUUUUCUUAAGAAUGUAACUUGUUACCGUCAAGUAACAGAAGAUGGUUCGGCCAUGGUCAUUCUCGUGGAAAGGUUUCUAAACGGAGGACAAAUGCAAUGUUUUAAUCAUGCUGUCCUGUGGGACAUUGAACACGGCAAUGUGCAGUGUAUGCUGGUUGACCACCAAUACAUUGAAGCGAACUCUCAUGUGAAAUCAGCUUCCUUCUUAUCAGAUGACCAAUCCAUUUUAUCUAAUCAUAAAGACAACGUGAUAAGAAUAUUCUCGGUUAAAUCAGGUUCUCUGCUCAAACGUCUGGAACAACAUCACAGCAACAUUUCAACCAUCGUUUUACCAAAUGCUCACCAUUGUUAUCUCCUUUCUUACUCUAACGAAGAGGUUGUCUUUUGUCUUUGGAGAAGUGAUACCUUUGAAAAUCUGGCGACUAUCAAACUAGACGAGAAGCCGUCUGCAAUAAGUCUGAGUGCCGGAGGACAAGUGUUGUGUGGUAGAAGUAACAAAAACGGACCACCAGUCACUCGUUGGACGCUUCGCAAUGGACCAGUGGAGGAUGACAGUCUUGCUUUCGGAGAACAUAUCGAGAAGUUUCAUACCCAAAGUUUCCAUAAUGUCCAAAAUAUGAUGUGGAACAGAAGUAAUUCUUAAUAUUCAAAGAAGAAUCAAUAAAACAGCGGAAGAAACAAAAAUCAAGGAUUAAUUGAAACGAUGAAAAAUCAAUGUUGCA